CAAUUGUCCACAUAGAUGGUCAAGGAUAUCGAAUCAACAAAUACGUAAAAUUAAAAGAGACCGCGAUAUUUCAAGAAAAAAAAGCUAACAAUAUAAGCCCCUCCCUAAUUUUAGUUUCUGCCCGAUUACAUUGGUAAAGAUAAGGUACGGCGAAACAGCCGCGAAUAUUUAAAUUUCGGACAUCGACGUUCACCAAUCUCUAAUCACUGAUAAUGAUCCCUGACGCAAUAGUAACACACAAUUGACAAAAGCCUUAUGCAAAACCUGGAUUUAACUUAAAGCUAUUGGAAAAGAAUCAUUUUUCACAAUGCAUUCUCUAGACACAUGCUAACCACAAAAUAAUUACGAUAAGAUAACAGUAAGUAGCCGUGUCCCGAUAAUUCUGUCAAUGCAACUAAAGAGCGUCGAUACAUCGACAUGCUCUCUUAAAAUGUAUUUUCAAUAGUAUAAUGUAAAAGAUCCGCCUAGUGAUACGUUAAUUCAGUGCUUAAGUAAAAUGCCCGUGACAACUUCCUGAAUGGAUUUCAAUGGACAACAAGAAAGCGCUGGAUGGCGCUGGUCACUUCUUAUAUCAGCUAUAUUCUUGAACAUAUGUUUGCCGAGCUUAGUACUAUCCUAUGGCGUCUUGUGGGUGCACAGUUUAUCCAGUUUCGAAGGACCAGUAUGGCUUGGUCUCAUCACACCAUCCAUUUUUAUGGUUACUUAUAACCUUACACAAUGCUGGUUCAGGGAAGCUGCCGACUCAUGGGGCGGAUCAAUAGGCUAUCGAGUGAUGGCAACCAUUGGUCUCUUGUUUGUAGUCUCUGCUCUUCUUAUCUGUGCAUUCAUACCUUAUGAACUGCAGUCAUUUGUCUAUGGCAUUUCUUGCGGUUUAGGUUUCUCGCUUAUAUCAGCACAAAUGGAUGCGAUUAUAUUUGAAACCUACGAUUCUCACGUAGUAGCCGUUCGGGGGAUAUGCUAUUGCGGCCAAGCCAUUGGACUGUCAAUAUUUCCCCACAUACUAACAGCGUUAAUUGAUACCUAUAGCUAUUCCCUUUCACAUAUUGUGAUAGCAGGCAUCAUGCUACAAUCGCUGGUAGCAAUCAUGUAUCUGAAAAUAGACGAAAACAUUAGACGGCCCGCGUCCUUCUCUCGAUAUAAAGACCUAUCUCAAACAUACAUGGUAUACAGAAAUGAAGCAAUGGAAAGCACUUAUGGAACCGAACUACAGUUACACAACCUAAACAAUAAAAGUUGGAAAAGUCCUUCAGACGAUCAGUUGCAUAAGACAGGAGAGAUUUGUGAUGAUGGAUACGUCUCAGAGACUGUAACACCUCCUCCUAGUCCUGAAGAGAAACGACGGAAUAUAUUCGGAGUUGAUAUUCUACCACAAAUACCUGAAGAAAGCGAGGAAGAAAGUGAGGAACAAUACACUAAAGACACGAACAAUAAGAGACGUCUUAGUGUUGCCAUUAAAAGACUGAGCACUUUAGGAGAUAAUAUUGACGGGUGUAUUACAAAUCAAGUGAGGAGAGAUUCACAACCAGAAGAUAGUAAUAAAUCAUUUGUAGAAUUCUUAGAAGUAAAAUACGAAACUGUGACACCAAUAACAGAUAUACGGACGGAGAGGAUUCUGAAUUCAUUUAGUUUUCGAUGCCAAUCGGCGUAUUUAAAUGCGAGAAGAAAGAUUUUGUUGCCGUCAUAUAGAAUGUACAGAAUCAGACGGAGGUUCACAUAUCUUUCGUAUAGUGUAAUCGAUACAUUUAUUAAACCAUUAACAAGAUCUCUGACGUGUGGGAAGUUUUAUCCAGCGUUACUUUUAAGUUUCUCUAGAUUAAGUUUAUUAUCAAUAUCAUUAGUGUUGUUGCCGAUGUUGGCGUCAGAGGUGGAGCCGAAGAUUUCGGUUCUGGAAAUGAACUUUUUGAUGUCUCUUCAUGGGUUUACAUGGUUAUGUUUCUUGGUCUGCACUCCGUGGUUAGCGCAGACACCUAAGAGGAAUUAUAAAUAUAUAGUAGUUCUGGGUCUGCUCAUAUCUACAGCAUCGGCGUUUCUUCUGGCAGCAGACAACAACCACGAUUCAUACUCUAUUGGCUGCAUCGUCGCCGGUUUUGGUUUCGGCGCUGUAACAUCAUGUUGGGAAGGGGCAAUCCAGGAUUAUGUCGGCGCCCGAAAAUGGCCUAAACUCCAAAGUGCCCUAGAAACCAUCUCCGCAAUUAUGUUAGCUGUAUUUCUUUUAGCACUCACGUUUUUAAUAGAUGUGGAGAAAGGAUUUAAACUUGUCAUGUUCAUAUUGGGUAUUAUUCUAGCUGUGAUAACGAUGGUUUGGUUCGCCAUAGCGUGUGUAGCGAUAUACUUCAACAAAGUGAGGAAAAUCAGUUUACUUUCAAACUCAUAAUAUGAGAAUGUACUAAAAUAUUAAAGUAAAAAAAUUAUAUAAAACCAGAAUUAGGCAAAAAAAUUGUAGAAUUACUGUACUAUGCGUUAUGUAUGAGUUUGUUAAGCCAUAUCUAUUUCAGUUAUGACUUGAACCGCUGAACUGUUGAUGCCUACGCAUUUAAUUAAUUAAUAAUUUAAUUUAUGGCACAGAAAGCUAUCUACUUGCCUAUUACAAAAACAAAUGAUCACGAAACAGAUAUAUAAAUCUGAGGCCCAGAACUAGAAGGUUGUAGAAACACUGGUUAACUUUCUAUCCUCAUGAAGAAACUAUAGGAUAAUAUAUGAAAAGCUGUAUAUAAUUAAAUUUAAGAAUACUGUUUAAGAAAUUAUAUAACAUUUUAAAUCA